AAUUAUUCCAAUUUGCGCAUGCGCUAACUAAAUAAUGGCGGCUGCAAUGGAUGUCGAUGACAGUGGUGCGGACGGUGAUCUCGAAGUUCCUUCCGGAUCUGGUGAAAAGGGUGGAAAGAAAAGAUUUGAAGUCAAAAAAUGGAAUGCUGUUGCUUUGUGGGCUUGGGAUAUAGUGGUUGACAACUGUGCUAUCUGCAGAAAUCACAUCAUGGACCUUUGUAUAGAAUGCCAAGCCAACCAAGCCUCAGCUACAAGUGAAGAAUGCACAGUGGCUUGGGGAGUGUGCAAUCAUGCAUUCCAUUUUCACUGUAUAUCACGAUGGCUGAAAACUCGACAAGUAUGUCCCUUGGAUAACAGAGAAUGGGAGUUCCAAAAGUAUGGACACUAAAAGUUGGUCUUUGUAAAAUGCAAAGGACAGAAAGUGAACAAUAGCUGUUGUUAAUAAUAAUUGAAAAAUAAGUACGUUUUGCCAUACAGGUUACAAAAUGUCUAGGCGACCAAGAAAAAAUAAAGACCUACUUCAUCAGAAAGAAAGGGCAAAAUAAUGAAAUUUCUUGAUAUUUUCAGAAUUUUUUUGAGUAUAUGUUUGAAUACAUGAAAUUUGAAAUAGAUGGACUGCUGAUGACAGUUCUUGACAUUUUUCUGUUUCUGCUAUUUAUGUGAAACAGACUUUUUGAAUUAGCCUGCACAUGUAUCUAUGAUAAUGUUUAUUGUAAAGAAUUUUAAUACAUGCCAUUUUAAAAUAAACUUACGUAAACAUU